AUGACGGCAGUCGUAGCGGCGAAGUCUACAAGCAUGGCGGGGAAGAAGCUCCGGAAGCCGUACACCAUCACCAAUCCUCGGCAGAAGUGGACCGCCGACGAGCACGACCGGUUCCUCCACGCGCUGGUGCUGCACGGCCGCGACUGGAAGAGGAUCCAGGCAUUCGUCGCCACCAAGACAGCCACGCAGAUCCGCAGCCACGCCCAGAAGCACUUCCUCAGGGCUCAGAAGAUGGGCCUCGCGGUGCCGCCGGCGCACCCUCGCCGCGCCGGCGCCGUCCGCCAGGCGCAGCCACCCAUCAGUUGGCUGCCCUCGUUUGCGGAUGAUGACGCCGUCAUGUCGGAGGACGAGACGAUUUCGAUUCGUCAGCUUCCGCUGUCUCCGGACCAUCCGGACUUUGCUCUGGUGUACAGGUUCGUCGGUGACGUCUUUGGCUCGGACGCGCCGCGGCCGGUGGAAGCGCAGUUGCAGAGACUGCUGGGCGCGGAUCCUGUCAUUGUGGAAACCAUUUUAUGUGUACUAGGGAACCUGGAAGCUAGUCUAUCAUUUUAG